AUUCAAUGAGAGUAAGAGAGCAGAGACAGCUCACAGACUGAAGGGGGAAGGCGAGAGGCAGAGCAGCCAGACGCAGCAGGUUAAAAGAUGGAGCUCAGAGUGGGAAACAAGUACAGACUGGGCAGGAAGAUCGGAAGCGGCUCCUUUGGAGACAUCUACUUAGGUGCAAAUAUUGCCACCGGCGAGGAGGUCGCCAUUAAGCUGGAAUGUGUGAAGACAAAGCAUCCUCAGUUGCAUAUUGAGAGUAAAUUUUACAAGAUGAUGCAAGGGGGAGUGGGGAUUCCUUCCAUCAAGUGGUGUGGAGCAGAGGGAGACUACAAUGUGAUGGUGAUGGAACUACUUGGCCCUAGCUUGGAAGACCUGUUCAAUUUUUGUUCUCGCAAGUUCAGCCUGAAGACCGUGCUGCUCCUGGCAGAUCAGAUGAUAAGUCGCAUUGAGUACAUUCACUCCAAGAACUUUAUUCAUCGGGAUGUUAAACCAGACAACUUUUUGAUGGGACUUGGAAAGAAGGGGAACUUGGUGUAUAUAAUUGAUUUUGGCCUAGCCAAGAAAUAUCGGGAUGCUCGGACGCAUCAACACAUACCCUACCGAGAAAACAAGAACCUGACUGGAACUGCUAGAUAUGCCUCUAUAAAUACUCAUCUGGGCAUAGAACAAAGUCGCCGGGAUGAUCUGGAGAGUUUGGGAUAUGUUCUUAUGUACUUUAACCUCGGGUCGCUGCCCUGGCAAGGAUUGAAAGCUGCAACCAAACGGCAGAAAUAUGAACGUAUCAGUGAGAAGAAAAUGUCCACCCCUAUUGAGGUCCUCUGCAAAGGCUACCCCUCUGAAUUUUCCACAUAUCUGAAUUUCUGCCGUUCCCUGCGAUUUGAUGACAAACCAGACUAUUCGUACCUGAGACAGCUUUUCCGGAACCUCUUCCAUCGACAAGGCUUUUCAUAUGACUACGUGUUCGACUGGAACAUGCUCAAAUUUGGUGCAGCUCGGAAUCCAGAAGAUAUGGACAGGGAAAGAAGAGAGCAUGACCGAGAAGAGAGAAUGGGACAGCUUAGGGGAUCAACCACUCGAGCACUACCUCCUGGCCCUCCUGCAGGUGCAGCCCCUAAUCGGUUAAGGAAUGGUGGAGACCCUGUAGCCUCCACACCAGCCUCAAGGAUUCAGCAGAGUGGUAACACCUCUCCUCGGGCAAUCUCACGGGUGGACAGAGAACGCAAGGUCAGCAUGAGGUUACAUCGGGGAGCCCCAGCAAAUGUCUCUUCCUCGGAUCUCACAGGGCGACAAGAAGUGUCACGGAUUUCAGCAUCACAGGCCAGCGUACCAUUUGACCAUCUUGGAAAAUGAAGGCUGUCACUGGACCAAUGUUUGCUUAGUGUCUUCACUGUAUUUCAUUUUUCUUUUAAAGACGACAGAAUUUAAUUUUUUUUACUUUUAUUUUCUGCCAACGAAGAGAGCCAUGCUGAAGAUGCUGGUUCCACCGCAGACACAAGAACUUUGUGCGUGAAGGAGGGAUUUGCCUCUCCCCUUUCCUUCCAGAUAUACUGGCAGUCCGGGACAGCAGAAGUUCUUCCUGCUUCUUCUGAACUGAACACUACAUAUAGAUAUAUACUGUAUAUAUUCUUUUUAUUUUUUAGCUUACCUCCCCCAAACCCACCCCCCUAAAAAAAAAAAAAAGAACUUUACAUUUUUCAAAAUGUAAGAUUUUAGCUGUACAUUUUUUUUUCCUAUGACCUUUAAAGAUGAGAAGAUUUAGCCAGCUGCGGAAAAAGGACUGAAGCCUUUCCUAGGUACGGUAGCCUGGGUUGGGCGCUAUUCCCCCUUCCAGCCUUCUCUGAUUUAACAACAGGAGAGAUAGAUGGGGCCUUCCUGACACGAGAGGUCACCGAAUACUGACGGCUGGAGAGGGGCAGGAUCGUUGCCUAAUUCCCUAAGCUGUUCCACAGUGGAGGCCUAGCUUGCUUUUAGUAUGCACCUGCUCCAAAGAACCAUGCAGAUUUUGGAGGAAAAGGUAGAGUUGCCUGAACGGUGGGUGAUCCCAGCUGUUACUGGCUGUUUUAUUUAUAGGUUUAAUAGUAUUUUAGUAGUAGGUUUAUUGUUGGGUAUCUCCCACUGUGGCUGCUAGUGGCUUGUGGUCUAAUUCUUUUUGAAACAAAAAAAUACCAAUGCACAUUAUUCUGAACCCCCCCUCCCCCGCCC